AUGCCCUUCUUUCACCAAACGAAGCCCAGAAAGGUGAAACAAAAACACCGGGCCUACCUCACUCCCACGAGCUACGGCCUGGAGACUCUCCUGGACAGCAUCGGGACGAAAUACCGCCCAGACUCGGAGGAGACGGCCACCGCAACACACAGCAGCCCCACUGCAACCAUGGGGCGUCACACGCAAAAACAGCACCCGGCAUCGGCAGCAGACGAGCCGAACAUCGGGGAAAUGCACCCUCCAAAAUGGCCACCACGAGAUCCUCCACAGUAG